UUGCUCCGUAGAACACAGCUAGCUUCACAACAGCUAAUCGUCAACAUUUCUGGAGGUUUUCACAAUAACGUUGAUUGCAACAUUUGCAAGUCAUUCAGGGACGAAAGUACACAUCUAGUCCGACAGACGGGUUGCGCCACAUCACUUCCAACAUGACUAAGCACGAGUUUGAGGUGGCGAUGACGUGUGAGGGAUGCUCAGGAGCCGUGACCAGAAUCCUCAACAAGCUGGGAGAUGUGAAGUUUGAGAUCGACCUGCCUAAGAAACUGGUUUGGAUCGAGUCCGACAGAGACGUGGAAGUUCUCACGGAGACACUGAAGAAAUGUGGGAAGGAGGUCAAGUACAUCGGCAUCAAGUGAAGGAACCUGCUCACACGGGGAACAGGAAAUCAUUGCUGCUGAUGCAAAGUGAAGAUUUAUGCUGGAAUUCAAGUUCAUUACCUGCCGGGAAAAUGAAUGGACCCCCUCCCCCCACCUCAAAUACGCACAACCCCCCCCCCUUUGAUGCAGAUCUUCCCUCAGUGUUGAUGUCUUAAAGUGGCAGUAACCUUUUCUGUUUCUUCUUUAACGUGAUUAGAUAACAGACACGAUGUGUGUUCUGGAUUAUGAGCUCCAGCUGUAGCGCUGAAGCAUCAGGACAUGCAGCUGCACGUUUCCUGUUUGUGUAAAACACUACAAACGUCCUUCGACACAGUUUAAAUACAUUCCCUGGAUUGUAAAACACACUGCAAAUGAUUGGCUGUGUUUGCCUGAACCUUGACAUUCAGUGUUAUUGUUGCAUUUAUUGGAUUUGACCUUUUUAAAACGUGUCGAUCUGCACCAACUGCCUCUCCUCCCUUCAGGGACCAUCUGCUGCACCUGCUUCCUUUACACUAAAUGAAUCCAGAACCCCACAUUUAUAAAUCACGGUUGAUAUUUACUGAGAGAUAUUUUGUUUUUCUAUGAACAAGGUUUUUGUUACUUUGGGACGCGCAUCCUUCCUCUCCGUCUGUAAUGGUGUGUUGUGUAGCACGGGGGAAUAAAUGCACUUCUGCCUCACUGCG